AUGUAUGCGCAAGUGGUUCAGGCAGCUGCAAUGGAAUAUGCUGUCGAAUCGCCUGAGGACAACAAGCUUGUGCACUGGGCUAUGAUGCUGCCAAAUACCUUCAUGAUAAGCACACUCAGCGCCUCAACGGACGUGCACACUGAGUUUGCAUUUUGGUUGUACAAGAACGAGACAUCCCUAAGGGGUAUAUUUGAAUCUGCAGGCUUUGAACGCCAGCCAGCUGUCAGCUGCAAUGCCAGCCAGUACCACUGCACCUACAUGUGCAUUCUUUUUGCAGGAAUUGAACGCGGCUGUGACAUGUACACAUGGCAUACUGGAUACUCUAUGCAUGUUUAUGUCCAUCUAGGAGCUGCCCCAGCUAAUAUCCUCGUGAGUGCUCAAGGCACGAUAUGGCGUCUGAGGAAUUACUCUGCUCAUGUUGUGGCGGCUUGGAUGUCUGCUGUUCGUGUGGACUGCUUGACAUUUGUAUCAUCCUGCUGUCUACGUUUCACCCAGAGAUAG